AAGCUUCUCCAUGCAGAUUCUUCAUAUGCCCAGAUCCAUUGUGCCCUGACUUCUGACCUGCUCAGAAAAGAUGGAGUCGGUCUCCUUUGAGGACGUGGCCUUGAACUUCACCCGGGCCGAGUGGGCUUUGCUGGAUCCUGCCCAGAGGCGCCUGUACAGAGACGUGAUGCUGGAGGCCUGCAGGCACCUGGCCUUCGUGGAGGGUUUCUCUCAAGGAAAAGCGAGUGGUGCUCUCGGAUGCGUCUUGAAGAAUAAGCUGUUGAGUGAAGACAUCACCGCGCGGUUCAUAAGCAAAGGAUCCUGGAAUGGAUUUGGAGAGAAGCGGAUGUUCCCCGAGGCAGGUGACCAGCUGCCCACGAAGAAGAAGCAGCAGCGGCAGAAACGCCUCUUGCCGGACAGUCUUGGUGACAGUCAUGGAGCUCCCCAGGGAGCCGCAAGAACCCCGAGGCAGACUCGAAGCCUCCCUGCACCCCAAAGUCCUGUCGCUGCCUCUUCUGUGGAAUGUUCUUCCCCCCGGCAGCCCCCAGCACCUCCUCACGGCUCUCCUCCGAGUGACCUGGCUCAGGGGGGCAUCUGCAACCCGGCCACCCAGGGGACCCCCUCUCCCAAGUCGGGUGCCCUCGGGCGACACCCUCAGGGGGCCUCUGUCACUCCAAGUCCGACUUCGCACGAAUGCAAAGUGUGUGGGGAGACCUUCCGUGUCUCCAUCCUCCUGACGCGUCACAUCCGGGAGCACCACAAGGAGACGCUGUACAUGUGUGAGGUCUGUGGGAAGGGCUUCCGCUACCUCAAGAACUUGAAGACUCACGCCAAGGCCCACACUGACCCCGAGAAGCGCUUUAAGUGCCCCGAGUGUCCCCAGGCGUUUAGGUACCCCUCCAGGCUGCGCGCCCACGCCCUGGUGCACUUGGGGGUCAGUGCUCUCACCUGCGAGCAUUGCGGGUUAAGCUUCGUGUCUCGCUGGAAACUGCAUCGGCACAGCCGGACCCACACCAAGAAGAGGAGGACGUUCGACUGUCCCGAGUGCGGAAAGGUGUUCCGGACUAGCAGCGCGAGGUCCAAGCACAUGCCCGUCCACACGGGCAAGCGGCCCUACUCCUGCCCACAGUGCGGGAAAGGUUUCCCCGUUCUGAAAGACCUCAAGCGCCACCUGGUGACACACAUGACCCAGAGUCCCUUCCAGUGCCCCGAAUGCGGCAAGUCCUACCGCUGCCGCUCCUACCUAUCCGGCCACCUGCAGACACACCACAUGGCCCAGCCCUUCACCUGCCAGCAGUGUGGCACAGUCUUCAGCCACCCCAGGAUCUUCCGCCGGCACCUCAGGAAGCAUCUCGAGAAACAGACAUUCGUGUGCCACUGCGGGCAGGGGUUUGAACAGGCCGAAUCCCUCCAAACGCACGUUCGCCAGGCCCACGCCGGCGGGGAGAAGCGCUGA